AUGUUGGAGAUUUACAGCGAGUUUCGGUCUAUUAUCUAUAGUUCAAUACAUACAGGGACAAAUGACAAUGACUGUCGAUUGUCCUCUGAUAUUGUGGGUCCCCUGGCGGGUAGUGGGCCUGAGAUUAAGCCUGAGGAGGAGGAAGAGCGGGGCGGGUCCCCGCUGGGCCCCGGAGGGCCGUUUAGCUGCAGCCAGUGCCGCGGUGCGUACCCCACGAGGGACCAGCUUGAGAAGCACGAGACGCUGCACUCGCCGAGCACUCAGGUGGAUACCCUCAGAUAUACUUGCAACAUCUGCCACAAGAGCUUUCCAAAAAUGAAUCAACUGCAACGACAUGCCAUAAGUCACAACGAGAGCCCAGAUCUUCGUAAAUAUAAGUGCAACAAUUGUGACAAAGCGUUCAAACACAAUCAUCACCUUAAAGAGCAUUUAAGGAUACAUAGCGGAGAAAAACCUUUUCAAUGCUUAAACUGUGGAAAAAGAUUUUCCCAUUCGGGUUCAUAUUCGUCGCAUAUGACAUCGAAAAAAUGUUUGGCAAUGAAUUUAAAAAUGGGCAGAAUUAAGUCUAACAACAAGCUUUACAAUCGAAAUAUCAGUCCCGGUCUGAAGCAAGAGGACGAUGUAUUACAUGUGCCGGAAGAUAUAAGUAAAAGCCUCGAAAACAAUCCAGCCAUGCCUAUGCUAGCCAAGUAUAAAGAAGCCGCAGCAUUAUUCGCAUCGAUAAUAACUCAAAAGUCCGGUUACAACCCGGAACUGCAUCCGGGGCUUCCGGAUCAUCGAGCAAAUCCAGGGUAUACACCAUUGCCUGAAAAUGUAACCACAAAUACAAACGAAUUUUCUCUUUAUGCUUUCCCAAAUUCGUUUAACUAUAUGCAGCACUUAACUUAUCAAGAACAGGUGAGCAGAAAUAUUAAAAUGCAAUCUAAAUGUUAUAUGGCACCCGAAGCUUUGAUCGAAGAAGACUUAGAGGAAGAAGAUAGAAAGUCCGACGGAAGCGCAGAUCUUAUUAUGGACGUGGAAGACGACCAAAACGAAAGUUCUUUGGAGAAAGAGAACGGUUUAAACGGCAAUGAUACUAAAGUGGAAGCUUCUUUAACGUUUAACUCGUUGCUUGAAUCAGUUAAUGCUUCUGUAAAUAGACAUUUUCUGAGGACCUUUCAAGGCAAGGCCUCAACAUCUGAGGCGUCAUCGAUAGUUGUCAAAAAUGUGGUAUUUGAUUGUAAAGACGACUUAAAUCAUCAAGAAGAAGACAUAGGAAGCAAAGGCUGUGAAAAAAAUCCAAAUGAUUCUGAUAAAAAACUGCGAGUUCGAACGGCAUUAACUGAUAAACAACAACUAAUGUUAAGAGAACAGUACAAUCUAAACCCACGGCCCAAUAGGGAACAAUUUAAAAAAAUCGCACAGAUUGUUGGACUUGACAGCAGAGUAGUGCAAGUUUGGUUUCAAAAUAAUAGAGCCAGAGAACGCCGCUCCAGCCAGGGAACAUUUAUUGGCGAUCAGCCUCUUGAUUUAUCCAUUAAAAAAAUUGACGACACAAGUACCUCUGGUUCUCCUGCCUGUUUAUCCGUGGUGAUUUCUGACUCGGAAGAAGCAAUAAAUUUAAGCCAAAAGUCGUCUCGGAGCCCGUCUCCAAGUCGCUACAAUGCUUACUCACAUUCCAAUUGUUCCUCGCCUCUCACUGAUAUUCGUUUUUCACCAUCUCCAACUGAAGCUAAUUAUAGGUAUAAGGAACCAAAAUUAUCGAACAACCCUUCAAUAUCAAUAGGAAAGUUACUUCAUUACCAUGAUCUAGCAAAGGGUAGUUAUCCAUCUCUUCAAUUAUACGGCACUGAUACGCCCGGAACUAAUAGACAAAUGUGGAAUCCAACUAACGAACGACCUCGUAGUAACGAGCCUACAACUGAACUUUUCGAAGAAGACAUGGCACUUCCUAAAAACAGCAAGUUGAAAGAAAAAGAAAAUCGAGACGAAGAACGACUGUUUGCCUGCGAUCAAUGCGAUAAAACCUUCGUGAAACAAGGUUCAUUAGUCAGACAUAAAUACGAACAUUCAGGUCAGCGGCCAUAUAAAUGCGCCGAGUGCCCGAAAUCAUUCAAGCACAAGCACCAUCUGACGGAGCACAAGAGGCUGCACACCGGGGAGAAGCCGUUUCAGUGCUGCAAGUGCCUCAAGAAGUUCUCCCACUCCGGCUCCUACAGUCAGCACAUGAACCAUCGAUUCGCCAUUUGCAAGCCUUAUCGAGACUGA